AGUAUCGUGUUAGCCAUUGUAGUUCAGAAGCUUACCAGAAAAAACUGCUCCUUGACCAACAUGUUCCAAAGAUCCGCUGCUGUUUUGUUGGCUCCAGCCAUCCGCAAUGCUCUUCAACGCCGUUGCCAAUCGGUGAUUUCCUCCCCACCAACCCAAAAAGUUUCAUCUGCUGAAAAACUUUUCCUUGGUGGCGGCAUGAUUGCAACCACCUUGGUCAUUCCUGCUUGGGUGUUGUAUCACAUCCGUGAAUACCGUGGAUUGAAGUAAAUUGCAAAAAUACGUGCAAUCAAAGCUUUAUAAUUUAGUCAAAUUAUGUGUUAUAAGAUUGUAAAGUUGGAGUUUUUUGGUUGGCAAAAGAAAUAAAAAGUGAUAUCCAAUUCUAAGUGCUUGGAACGAAAA